AUGGCGCUUUCGAGGCGCCUUCCGCUCCAGGCCUCUCCGACGAGUGGGGGGGGCCCUAGGCCUCCAAAGUGCAAGAGAAAACGAGUUCAGAAGGUGGGCGUGGGUGUUUCGAAUUCCUCCUUUGGGCCACAGACCCCUUCAAAUGAGGCAGGGGGGCCCAUAGUCACGGGGGAAUCCCUUUCGGGAUCCAGUGAUCGGGUUGCAGCUGCAGACCAGCAAAAGGAGCCGCAGUUGUUUAAUCACGAACUGCUUGGAGCGACACGACGGGAAUCAGAAGCAGCAGAUACAGGAUCGGAAAAUCAAGAUGUAACGUUCAGGUCACUGGGUGUUUGUGACUCCCUCUGCUCCGUUUUACACCAUCUGUCGUUGUUGGAGCCAACCCCGGUUCAGCGCUGCUCUCUGCCGUUGGGCCUCUCCGGUCACGAUUUCUGCGCCAUAGCCCCGACUGGGACUGGCAAAACUCUUUGCUACUUGCUACCUGUGCUUCAGCGAAUCCAGCGUGGGAUGGGGCACACGUUUAUGUCUGUCGUGCUGUUACCGGCACGGGAACUUGUCUCUCAAGUAGGAGAGCAAUUUGGUGUGUACGGACAGCAUCUAGGUUUGAGGUGGGUGGAGGUUACAGGUGGAAGAGAUAUGAUGGUUGAGGCAGAGGCGCUGCAGCAGCAAGCUCCCCACGUCGUUCUGGCCACUCCUGGCAGGCUUGCAGACUUGCUGCAGCGUGAGAAAGGGCUGGAGGGCGGCGAAGCACCUGCAUUAUCUGCAUCACCAGAUUCACCCGGCGGUGAAGGGGGGGACGACGUUGCCAACGAUGCCAGCGACAGGAACUCGGGAGGCAGGGACGGCUUUGGGGCCCCAUUUGGGUUGGUGCGAGGCCCGAUUCACGAGAGGUUGCAGGCCGUUGAUUGUCUAGUACUAGACGAGGCUGACAGGCUUUUGAGUGAAGAAUUCGGUCCCGAUUUGCGUUUGUUGCUGUCAUCAUUGCCGGCGUCUUCAGCAGGGAGACAGACGCUGCUGCUGUCUGCCAGCAGCAGCCCGGCGUUGCUGCAACUGCAACAACAGUUUGGCGAUUCCCGAAUGCCCCUGCUGCUUCCAGAAAGGUCAACCAAAUGCCCUCCUCUGUUGCAGCAUAGGUACAUAUUUGUUCCCGCUGCCAUGCGAGGAGUUUAUGUGUUACAUCUGCUACAGCAAGAGCCAUUUGCGUCUCAAAGGGGCAUAAUCUUUAGCGGCUCCGUGAGAAAGACACAGCAACUGGCGACUGCUCUUCAGCAACUGGAGGUGGACUGCGUUUGCAUCCAUUCGCUGUUGCAGCAACGCCAACGAGUUGCUGCUCUAAAAGCGUUUCGAAGCCAACACAAAAGAGUUUUGGUAGCAACCGAUGUGGCAGCUCGGGGACUGGACCUUCCCAAUUUAGAUUUUGUAGUAAACCUCCAGCCUCCAAAGGAGCCGGAGGUGUAUGUGCACCGAGUUGGCAGGACUGCCAGGGCGGGAAGAAAAGGUUUGGCCAUCACUUUUGUUGAUCCAGAGGAUGUUGCUGCAGUACACCGUGUCGAGUCUUACAUCGGCCGCCGCCUUGAAGAGCUGCCGCUUCCUCCCCUGGGCCUAGCCCGAGUAGUGCGAAACGUGUUGUCGGCGGAAGCAAAGGCGGCGGAAAAACUGCGGGCCAACGGAUUUAACCAGAAGGCUGAAAUAUACGAAACUGCGCAGAGGGAGUACAGACGACUAAGGAGAGAACGGAGGGGCAAAGCCUUCAUGUUUUUGUAUGUUGUUCGCUUUUGUGCUUCUCUUGCUUGUGCAGGAGGCCGCGUGCUGAGGUCGCUGUAA